AGUUGUUGUCGGCGGCGGGAGAGCGCGGCGGUGAGUGCGUGAGUGAGUGUGCGAGUGCGGGCACAGCCGCCGCCCCCCCCCCCGCCGGCAGCUCCUCUCCCCGGGGACACCCCGCCGAGCGCCCCUGCGGGACCCGGCGCGGCUCUUUCGAUCCCCCGGGCACGAAGACAACGUUCCCCAGAUCCGGGCUCAAAGCCGCAGCACGCCGCGAGAUGACAGCCAUCCUGGAGCGGAUCAGCACGCUGUCCCUCAGCGGGCAGCACCUCAGCCGUCUCCCCAGGCUGCUGGAGGAUGGCUUCCCCAAGAUGCCUUGCACAGUCAAAGAGUGCGAGGUGCCGCAGCUCUUUCGUGAGCCGUACAUCCACACCGGGUACCGUCCCACCGGCCAGGACUGGCGGUACUACUUCCUUAGCCUCUUCCAGAAGCACAACGAGGUGGUCAACGUGUGGACUCACCUCCUGGCAGCGCUGGCUGUGCUGCUGAGAUUCAAGACGUUUGUGGAGGCUGAGCAGUUGCCCGUGGAUGCGUGGUCCUUGCCUUUGCUCAUCUUUGUCCUCUCCUCUGUCACUUACCUGACCUGCAGCCUCUUGGCCCACCUACUGCAGUCCAAAUCGGAGCUGUACCACUACACCUUCUACUUCAUGGACUAUGUUGGAGUCAGCAUCUACCAGUAUGGUAGUGCCUUGGCUCAUUUCUACUACAGCUCUGACCAAGCCUGGUAUGACAAGUUCUGGCUUUUCUUCCUGCCAGCAGCUGCUUUCUGUGGCUGGCUGUCUUGUGCCGGCUGCUGCUAUGCGAAGUACCGGUACCGACGGCCUUACCCCAUCAUGAGGAAGAUGUGCCAGGUGAUCCCAGCCGGGCUGGCGUUCAUCUUGGAUAUCAGUCCUGUUGCUCACCGGGUGGUUGUAUGUCACCUGCGGGGCUGUGAGGAAGAUGCUGCUUGGUACCACACGUACCAGAUACUGUUUUUCCUUAUCAGUGCUUAUUUCUUCUCCUGCCCGGUCCCUGAGAAGUACUUCCCUGGCUCCUGCGAUAUCGUUGGCCAUGCUCACCAGAUCUUCCACACCUUCCUGGCAGUCUGCACCCUAUCACAGCUUGAGGCCAUUCUUUUGGAUUACAAGAACAGGCAGGAGAUUUUCCUGAAGAGACACGGGCCUUUCUCUGUUUAUCUCUCCUGCAUUUCUUUUUUUGGCCUGGUGGCUUGUAGUGCCAUCACAGCUUACAUCCUGCGAUGCAGGAUCAAGGCCAUCCUGGCUAAAAAGGACUCCUGAGAGUCAUGAACAUGAUGGGCAUGACAUCACCAGGGGGGUGAAAAUCAAGGGGCAUAACAUAUUAGGGACAUAACUGUCUUAUUUGCCUAACACACUGUGACUAACCAGGACCUUGGACUUGGGUGGAGGGCUGGAGACUUCAUGCUAUAUGCGUUUUCACAGCAGGGACUGCCUUUUGCCAUUCAGGGGGACAUGGAUGGGUUUUAAGCCAGAACACUUAACCAAGGAUGCUGAAAUAGGCAGAGGUUUCUUGUUCGUUCUGGUAAACCUGUGGGUGAUAUGUUGCUGAGUACCAGGGAGGGUAGCCUGAAGGCUGUGAGACUGUAGAAGGGUCUGCCAGGGCUCACAACACAGCAGAGAAUGCACCAUGAGGACCACAGCUGGAUGUGAUGACCUCUCUGGGUUUUGCCAUCUCUGCUAUCUGUUGGGGACCUGUUACUAUCAAGGGCAGUAGCAAGGUUUCAGAAGGAGUCUACAUUUCUAGGGUUUGGUUGCAAGGGCAUGUGUGGCACAGUGGCUGGUAUAAUCCUUUUCCUGCUCCACCUGGGCUAAGCCAGGUUCUCUCUACGGUCCCCUUGUCAAGUAUCUCAACACCAGGUUGCUGAGGUGGCUUGGGCAAAGCAUGUUUGGAGACUUAGGCCUGACCUGGAGUCCUCUAGAAUGAACUGGAACUCGAGCACUAUGUCUGCCAGUGACUGGUGUAGAUGUUAGGUCAGCUCCAUCUUUUCUUUCUGUACGACUGCACCAUCUUCGGCAGAGCUGCUAAUCCAAACCAAGGAGUCAGGCAAUCCCAAGGAUCACUAACAGGAGAUGGGGUCUUUCUCAGCAGUUUGAAUUUGACCUAAGGUGGUGCCAAUGCUGAUGACUGUUUGGUAGCCUACAAGACAGGUCUUCAAAGGCUCCUCACUUCCAUUUUAAAUGCUUAGGUGCCUUGGAGGAGCUGGUCCUGGGUUGGGUUGGAGAUGGUUUUGAGCCUUCCUCAGUAGCAGUGGCAGAGGUUGAGCCAUCAAUGUUCAGGGGCCCCAGGAGAGGACUUGCUUUUGAUGCUGGGUACACCAUUUUGGCUGCUUGUGUGACAGGUUCAUGCAUUCCUGCAUAGCCUGUAUCAUCUGUCUAGGGAGUGUGACUGAGUUCCAUGUCCAUGCACUGUAGAGUAACUUGGGUGUGAGGUGUCCAUUACAGGAAAGGAUCUGGCCCCUGGGCCUCCAACAGCCCUACUGCGGUCAUGGCCAAAAGGGUAUGAAAGUGAAGUAGUCUUUAUUCCCCUCCUAAUGGUGCUUUCAGGACACCAAGCAGUCCUUGGUGCACCUUGUGGAAAAACUGACAUUGAAGCUGCAGGGUUGCUUUUCUCUGACCAAUGGGGUUGUGAAUCUGGCACGUUUUUAUCAGCACUAGGUGAAGAUAGAACAGCCAAAGGCAGGAAAGGGUAUCAACAUUAGGGUUCUAUAGAACUUUGGGAGGGGUUUGUCCUUGAGACUUAGUGAUUCCUGCGUGGAGUAGCAAAGAUAGUAGUCAGGGACACUUAAUUUCCAUGGGUCACUCCUGUCCAAGGUGCAGCAUGGGUUAAUUUACUGUGUCCUCCACUAGAGGAGUCCCUUCUAUGCUUGUCUGGGGAGAAUAUCAGAUAUGGAGCCACACUGUUGCACUGAAGUUGGUAGCACUUGCAGGACAGGGUGCUUAGAGCCAAUGCAGAGAUACGGUCCCCUGCAGCCCAGACACCUGCUGUUGACCCACUGCUUGCUUUCUGUAGUAGGCCCUGGCAUGGCUCCUCACACUAUGCAAGAGCUGCAGGCUCAAAUGCCUUGACAUCUGGCAAAUUCCCAACAGGUACAAAUCUUUCCUACAUCUAAGGAAUCUAUGGGAUCUAUUCCAGCCACAUAUUUGUCUCACUGAAUCCCAAGGGCAGGCAAAUGAAUUGUGAUUGCUGGUUCUGAGCAGGCAGUGUAGGGUUGGGGAUACGAUUUGUUGUGACGAGCACUGAUUUCUGCACUUGAUCUGGUUUUUUCAACUAUUGAGAUGUGUGUGUGUGUGUGUGUGUGCGCAUGAUUUAUUACCCAGAAAGGCUUUGCCUUUGGCUUUUAUACCUGCAAAGCCUCCUAGCUGGGUCAAGAUUAGCCUGAAGGAAACAGUGCUAUGCUGCUGGAGGAACAAGGUGGGCCAGACAACAGCGUCUCUGGAAACAGCUUUCUUAAUAGGUGCUUUGCUGUGUCUUGUGUUUUGUGAACAAAUUUGAAAUUCAUGGCCCUGUUGACAAAUAAAUUACAAAGGGGAAGGGAAGUAAGUUUUGAGUGCAGGAGAAGAAAUCAUAGGAAAGCCUUGAGGAGGUCAUCUAGUCCACCCUUUCCCAUCGCUCUAGGCCUCUGGGUUUACAUCCAAUCCAGAUUAGAAAUUAAUGACUUCAUUUCCUUUGUUGUAUUUUGCUAACAACAAAUUUGCCUCAGGGGAGUGGCAAGUGGGGAUGGUCCCCACUUACACCUCACCAUAGCCCUUCCCAUGCACAGCAGCUCAUCUCAACACAAAGCAAGCUGAUGCCGGGAAAUGGACCAGUGGAAAACCAAUCCUACCGAAAAAAUGCCAGUAAUUUUGUGCUGGUUUUAACUUUCAGCCAGCAAACUUGGACGACACUGCUGCCUACAGGGAAGGGCCGGAGUGGAGGCCAGCAGCAGCUCCUCCUUGCACAGCAGCUGCUUGCUCAACUAGCUUAGCUGCACUGGUGGACUGCUCCCUCCAUGGUCUCCAUGGCUUUGGUUGUGGGUCUCCUCCCAGUUUGGGGAAAGGCUUGAGUGGGAGCAGUGCUUUUUCUCACAGCCUGAUUUGCAUUGCUUUUAUGGUCGGUAAAGCAGAAUAAGCCACUGAGUGUGGACCUGGCUGGAUGGUAUCUAUGGGCUCCUGUGCAGGAAGGGUAGUAAACCACAGGGGUUCAGAGUUCCUUUCUGGGCUAAAACUGAGAGGAAUUGCUGCUAAUAGCAAACCUGCUCUGCUGCUACCUAGAGUUAUACAGGGGAUAAAGAAAAGGGAUCACGCAGGCAUUUCGUUCUCUGAGGGUUUGAAAAUAGGUGGUAUGUCCUAGUCUUGUGAAAGCAGGGUGAAAACAGUAAUGCUGCCUAGUUCAGGGUCACGGAGAGGAGGUGCCCACAUGGCUCUUCUGAGGUGUUUCUGGUCAUAUGCCUUCUCCUCCCUGGUCCAGCAGAAGUGAAACUUCUUCUGGAGCAACUGUGUGACAGUGGUGGUGUUUUUACAUAUUCUCAUGUUACCCCUCAGGUGAAGCCACUCAUGUCCCUGUGUGGCCCUGCGCUCAGACCUGGAGCUGACCUCCUGGUUACUAUGAUGGGUUGAUUGAGCAGGGAAACGCCAUACAGAUGAUUGCUGCUGUGAGGAUGCACCCUUGUGUCACAAGGGGCUCACCAACACUGGAGCUUCCUUCAUCCCUGUCUCCAUCCUCCUCCUCUUCCUCUGACCACCUUAUUUCUUUCCCAAAUCCCUGGACUUCAUCUUUGUGCCUAAGGCACCGGGCUGCCUACCUGAGCAGACUCCACAUGCCAUGCAGUCUGCUGCACCUCAACUGGGCCAGGACUGAAAAGUGGCUGCUGAUGCCCUCCUGAAAACCCUGCCAUUGAUCUAGGGGAUACCAGGGCUGGGUCGGGAAAGAGUAGAAGUGCUGCUGUGAUACAUGCUCAGCGCAGCUUCUUGGGGCCUUCUCCUGGAGCUCACUGCUUGGAGCACGCCUCCUUCCAUCCUGGCAUUCCUCUAAGGAGGCAUGGCUGGGAGGCGUGUACCAGUGGCGGGGUUUGGUGACGAGCUGACCACCAAAAGUUGAACACAUCAAGAUCCUGAAGGGACCGAGGUCCUAAUCGUCUCCCCAAGAAACCUCUGGUCCUGAGACAGUAUUUUUGCAGACCGUGCAACCUGGAUCUGUAGAGGACAACUCCUGAAAAUUCGUCCCAAUGUGCCUUAAGCUAUUCCUUUUUGGGAUUCAUCCUGAAGGAACCUGAGGUGCAGAGGCAGCCUCUUUGCUGUCUGCUAGUCUGUGGUUGCUCUUAGCAGCCAAUAUCCACUGGCAGGAUUUGCUUGGUGCCCUCCAGAGCAGAAGGGGAGGAUGGAGAGACGUGCCUUAACCUUGUAUUUAUGCCUAACAGUUUGUGUAAGAAGGCAAGGACAGGUUCCUCAUGUGCCUUGCAAUUUACAUCUUUUACUGACAUUAUUUUUAAACACUGUUACUAAAGAGAAGUACAAAAGAGUUUGUAUUUUUUCCCUGGGAAACAGGGAAGGGUACGAGUGUUAUGUAUUAACCAUCCCCUUCCUAACUCCCAUCUGCUGACUUUGUACUGUGUAAAACACUGACAAUAUUUUAAGCUUUGUACUGUACUGAUCGUUAUUUAAAAAUCUUAGUGGGGAAAAAAAAAAAGAACCAUCUGUAAAAGCAAAACGAUUGGUGUGGUGUGAAAUUCCCAAACGCACAACUACAAAAGGUCAUGAGUCAUUAGGAAGAAAAGUGGAUAGUAAUUAGAGAGUGGAUAUAUUAGAGUGGAUAAUAAUUAAUAAUGAACAAUAGGGUGUGGUUUUAUCUGUGCAUCUCAAAGCACUUUCCAGGUUUCAUAGUAACUAUGUGAUCUCAUUCUCUUUUCACAAGGGAGGUACAGAAUGGCUGCCCUGGCCCUGAUUUGAGGGAUUUAAGUUCAUCAUCCACAAAAGUACGUGGUUUUCCUUAUUUUCUGUCAGAUGUGAGUAGCUAGUGAUUUGGUGGCCUGGCAGCUUUAGUGGCCAAGCUGUGAAUUCACGUUCAAGCAAAACAUUUCAGCGCAUGCUUAAAAUUAAGCCAAAGAGACAACCACUGAUGGACAGAAGGAUAUCAACCAGUUAGACGUCAGCCUACGUGAAAUAAGGCUAGAGCUUCUGUUCUUGCUGGUAGCUGUGCAGAAUCACAGCAUGGUUGAGUUUGGAAGAGAUCUCUGGAGGUCAUCUGGUCCAUCCCCCCCUGCUCAAGCAAUGACACCCAGAGCCGGUUGCCCAGAUGGCUGUUGAAGAUCCCCAAGGAUGGAGAAUCCAUCACCUCUUUGGGCAACUUGUGCCAAAUGCUUGGUCACCCUCACAAUAAAAAAGUGUUUCCUGAUGUUCAGAGGAACUUCCUGUGUUUCAGUGUGUGCCCAUGGCCUCUGGUCCUGGCACUGGGCACCACUGAAAAGAGCCUGGCUCCCUUAUCUUUGCACUGUCCCUUCAGGUAUUUAGGUACAUUGGUAAGAUUUCCUCCAAGCCUUCACAGAAUCAUAGAAUAGUCUGGGUUGAAAAGGACCUUAAAGAUCAUCCACCGGAGUGGAGUAGAGGGGUAGAAUCUCCUCCGUCGACCUGCUGGUCACGCUGCUGGUGAUGCAGCCCAGGACACGGUUGGUUUCUGGACUCAGGUGCACACUGAUGGUUCAUGUUGAGUUUCUCAUCAACCAAAAGCCCAAGCCCUUCUCCUCAGGGCUGCUCUCAAUCCAUUCUCUGCCCAGCCUGUGUUUGUGCUUGGGAUUGCCCCUGACCCAGGUGCAGGACCUUGCACUUGGCCUUGUUGAACUUCAUGAGGUUCGCACAGACCCACCUCUCAAGCCCUGUUUUGUUGACUUUGUGAUCCCUUUCUGUCACAUCACGCUGGGUCCUCUGCUCAUCAGCCUUGUCCAUCACUCCAUGACAGGGCUGCCGGUAACGCUCUCUCCCCUGUCAUCACUAAUUUAAACCCUCUUUACCAGGAGGAUCAUGUGUGACCAGGUACAUACCACUCCCUCCAGGAUAUACCCUCGGUGUGAAUUUCAGUGCUCUAAAAAAACCCACUUUUUUAACUUCUAUUACCACCACACUGAUAUUUUUCAUUAUUACAUCUUAAUAAAACAUCCAGACCAAG